AUGGCGCUACCGUCAUCAGAGGAGAAGUAUCUGGUCUGUUGCUUGCACCGCCUGCCCAACUGCGUGGACCAGCAACUUCCCGACAUAGUGCAGAUCUACAACAGUACCGUGAUUUAUUGAAGUAGUUUUUUCUAAGUUUACUGGUACUGGUUGUAGGCUAUGAUCUCCAGAGAGUAGUUCGUUGUGGAUCACUACACUGCUAUGUCGUUGUCAUUUGUCAAGAAAAAUAGAGUAUGCCGCCACUCUCAUAGUACACGCAAAGAUACAGAUCUACAACAUGAUCUCCAGAAGUUCUUGAAGCUAGUGACAAACACGACUGGCUCUAUCCCAAAUCUCCCAUUCAACAGCCGACAAAGAGAAGCUGCUUGGGCGCUCAGCGGACAACGAUAUCAUCGCUACUUCUAAUGCGAUCUCACACUACCACAUGAAGCUAGAGAUCGUAAAUACAAGGCCUGCUUCUGGAUAUGCAUUGUUAAGGCUUAAAAAAGUACUUAGUAAAUAUUUUGAUAAUUUUGAUGCAACCUAAAAAAGCAAGUAUAGAAGAUGUUCAUGUUGAUAGUGAUUGACGAGUGAACAAGACAUGCGACUCGUGCACUAGUGAAUGAUAGAUGCCUGAUGUAUCCUCACAACUGGCACCUAAGUCUUGCUGCUGGAAUUAUUGCUCUCAGCUCAUGGCCAUUAGAUUCGUUAACCUAUGAAUGUAUAUAAUUGUACCUUCUCUUUCUGUUUUUUCAGUUUUCUCCUAGUGAGGUUCGUUGGCUUCAUCACUCAUAUUAAUCCCUUUCUUGUGCGGUAGUUGUGGUCCGACAAUCAUCCUCCUCUUCUAACGUGAGCAGUUCCUGCUGUCACGCUUGGUGCAAAUAUUGCAACCAGUCUUUCCUUGCCGUCUGGCUCUUCUUCGUCCUCUUCCUCGAGUGCGAAUUUUCUCGGCGCCAGUGGUAAAAACAAUGCACUCCUGCUACCAGAGCUGGAGCAAACUGUUAACUUCAUGGAUAUCCACUCGCUGAAGUUACGACUAAGAGACAUUUUUUCAUUUUCCUCACAGUCACAUAUAUUUAUAUAAAUUAUAAUUCAUUGGGGUUUGAAUUCUAAUUCAUGAUAUAGUAAUGAAAUCGUCUUGGUGCUGAUUUCCCUUUGCGGCCUUUGCUGAGAAAAGCUUCAAUUGUGUCCUUCCCCAUCCCCUUCUCCUUCUAAGACAAAGGUCGCGUGCGGAAAUGCAAACUCUGUCAAGUUUGACGAGCUUUCCGACAUCGACGAACCUUGUCGAUCAGCAGGCAGGUAAAACAACCUCCAGCAGCACUCAAAAAGCGACUCAAAAAGAAGUGGAGGAGGCGCAAAGAAUCUUAGCUUCUUUAGCACUAGUUGCACCCAUAGAUUUGUCUGCUUCGCCAGCAGAGCAACUCUCAGCCACCAUCGACCGGGUGAUAGCCCAGCGAAUCGAACUUUCCAAUACCGCAGCUGUUGAUGUUAUGGAAAUAUUAACAUUAUUCUUGUUCAAGAACUAGAAUUCUUUCCGGAAUAAUUUUAGAAAUUUUUGCGCAGUCGUGUAGUUUGUCCCUGAUCAACAUGUAGUUACUCAUCUAUUUAUUUACGACACUGGUGACCUGCUUGCACCAUUGUUGUACGUAGUUUGUAGGAUAUUGUUUGAUCUAGUUUUUCGAGUACCAACACUGGUUCUUCUUGUUCUUGCUAAAUGAGUACCUGCCUCAUGAUGUUGACAGUCAUUGCGACACUCCUUGCAUUGGGUCAGGAUCUAUGCACUGGUACUGGUACUUCUCGACAUUCUUGAUCAUGUUAAUCAUCUACGUAUUUUCUCUUCACUAGGGGUAGGUCCACAUCCACAUCAACCUUUUUUUCAUGAGAGGCGAGACCAGCGAUCGUGAGAGUCAGGGGGGUGGAAAUAUUGCAGACGAGAGUAAUGGAGGCGAUGAGCAAACGGCCGGUGGAGGUGAGCAUCCGAAUAAAGUGCGAAGAAAAAACGACCCCGCUGAUCAAGGUCCAUCUACCUCAAAAGGAAGGAAGAUGAAAGGGAAGACACAAAAGCAAGCUAGUACAACAGCUGCAGCCAACAUGUCUUCUUCUAGUGCGUCGUCCACGUUAAAUAACAAAAAUGUUAGUAUCCUCGACAUCAAAAAAGAGCAAACUACAGCCACAACAACAAACAGUUCCUCGUCUGCUUCUAGUACAGGCAAUAAUAAGAAAAAGUCCAGUCCAGAGGUGUAUCGGCUUCAGUUAAGCCGCGCCUGCAAGGAUCUGCAGACUGAGGUCGAGAUACUAAGGCACGAGUUGGAAGUCGUCGCGGAGGCUAAGUGGAAAAGUGGACUCCCAACAAGCGCCCACAUCCUCUCGUCAGCAAUAGACAGUUAAGAUGAAACUAGUUCGUGUGGGGGGGGCCUUCAGCCCUGAGCCCUGGAGCAUAUAUAACAUUUACUUUUCUCAGGCAACUGCUGUAUCAUCAGAAGCAAUUUCUGUUGUGCUCCUCGUGCUAUUUAUUUUCCCAGUAAGCAUCUUGAAACGAGUUGCGUCACAAGUACCUCCUGUACAACAAAGAAAUAGGAUCAUCUUCAUAAUGAGACGAGACGAAGCAAGUCAGGAACUUAAUUAUUAAAAUUAAAUGCUGCCUCUUCUAAAAAAGCGAGCCUGAGCUACUCAGCAGGGUAGACGCUCUGUGUGCUGCGUUUCGGGAACUCAAACGUCUGCUUGCCGAGGCAGACCAACACAUCCUCGUUCCAGGUGCAGCACAAUCCUCAUCAUCAAGUAAAAAUGCACCUCCAGUUGACAAUCGUCCUCCGAAGAAGGAUCACUUUCGUUCCCUCAGAAGCGGAUUAAGGCUCCUUUUUUUUUCGAAUUUCUUUUGCAUCCCUCUGAAUCCUGCACGUUCAACACAGCUUCCGGAAAGUGCUCUAAAAGAAUGCUAACUGCCAUCCCUGGUUCAAUCGAAAGACCAUGUCCAUGUCUGUCUUUCUCGUCUUUGCUUCCUGUUGAUACUACGCUCUUCCCCUUAUUUUCCUAGUAGUCUACUGUAAGUAGAAAAGAAGAAGAAGCCAAGGCAGAAGAUGCUCUGAGGAAUGUCUAAAUGUUCCGUAACGACCUCUAAUAUAGAUAACAAAUAACUCAAGCACCAGCAGUGCUGCAGCAGGUGGGGCACGAGGCGUGAAUGUCCGAAACAGUAAGCAUGGCGAACGAAAUAGCACUGGUGCCUCUAGUGUGGACAUGGGAGAGCCGGUGAACAACUGGCUUCGUCGUGAGCGAAUGCGUAACAAUAUGCACGUCUUUUUACGUGAUACGUCUACGUAUGGCACCUAUGUGAACGGCAUCAAAAUCGGACGAAAUACCAUACCCAGGAUGCUCAAAAAUGGCGAUGUACUCAUCAGAUUACUUCGUCCUCUAAGUCUACAUCUUUUUGAUUUUGAUAUUGAUAUUUUUAUGACUUCAUCUUCAUCAUUUUGGAGAAUAAAUUGUUCUCGUCCUAAAAAUGAUUUGUAUCUAUAUCAUCUCGGUGUUUGAGUUAGCUUUGUUCAUCAACCAUUUUAACUACGUACUUACAAGAAAAUACGGAUAAGUACACUCUUUCUUUCAGUUAUAAUGAAUCUUCGUCCUCUUUCCGUUAGUUUUAGUUUAAUACAGCUUCAGUUCUUCUCUGGUCUUCUUCACCCCUUUACCAUCAGCAUCACCCACAUCAACGACCACAAGGUGAUCGCGUUUAUGCGGCAUGACGAGAGGGCGAAGGAAAUUGGGGAUUAUCGCGUAGAGUAUGCGCCAGGGCACUCGCCUCUGGGUGGCGAAAUUGUAGCGGUCGAGUUACCCCUUUUCACCGGGAACACCUUCUCGGAAUGGGCCAGGCAAAGAGAAUCAGUCCAAUUCACGAACAUGGGAAAGCAGGCCAUUUUGAACUGCUAUCGAGUUUGCUUGACGACGUUCUUGAUGUGCUCGGACGGAGGACGUGGGCACAAUCCACGACUGAAGGAAUUGAAACAGAAUUUACCGCAAGAGUGCAGAAACCGAAUCCUGGACUUUCUACGAUACGAUAGCAUCGCAGAGGCAGUUGGGGACUGUACUAUCAUUUUUUGCGUUUGUCUAUUUUUCGAAAACUAGAAAGAAGUCGCUAUGGGAUGAAGCAAUAUGAGAAUCGGUGACGUUUGUGUGAAGAUGUGUCUGGUUUGUAUUUGUAACAAAUACAAUGAGCGAGUAUCUGAGAUUGUGAUCUUCUACCCUAGUACAACUCGGUCAUUUCAUCAGUGUUUCACAUCUAUCUUCUCCGCUUUUAGAGUUAUUAGCCUCUUGCUACUAUACUUCAAUUUCACGUGCAAAGAAAUCUUUCUUUUUCUUAGCGUCUCUGUUGUUGCUUAUCCAGCAUCACCCACAGGCAAAUGCGGCAAGCCGCCACGAGCGGAGCUUCUAAAAGCAGUAUCAAACACAGCUCGGGAAAGACACAUGGAUGAUGCAAUUUCUGUCAUCUGCAACAAUUGCGCCGAACUUGCGAAAGAAGGCCUCACGCAAAUGGAGAUACCGAUUAAGAGUACUAGAUUAUACACGUUUUAUGAUAAAGUACUAGAAGUAGUACCUACUACUAAGAUUUGAUUAUUACGUAUAGGAAGUACGAUUGGUGGUCAUCGUCAAGCUCAAGUAGUCUACCCUCGCUUUACCUUUACUUGUUCCUGCAUAUAAAUUUUGCUUUGCAAUUUACAAUCAUCAAAAAGAAGAAUCCGAAAAUCUUCUCCAAUCUGAAUGUGAUUUGUGAUCUCAACCUAACUUAACCUAACCGAACCAUGCUGAUCCUUCGACUUGUUCUCUUUCCUACGGCAGGUGAUGCCGAUCUUGCAAGCGACAAGAGUUUGCAAGACUGGCAACGAAAACUUCGAGGCGACCUUUUGAAGCAUAGGCGCUUCGCUACCAAGCUGAAAGAUCUGGGGUACCAGGUCGAGGUGAAAAAUGGACCUAACUCCCAGUUGACCGUGAAAUUUACGUGACGUCGACGUGAUAGAAUAUGUACUUACAACAUAGUCCCCCCUGGUCCUGGUGCAAGGAACAUUUAUAUUGCUGCAACAACUUGGAAGAUCCAUGACUAUCAAACUAUCAAUGUCAACAUGUCUUUGUUUCUCUGUAUUUUCAUCUUCACAUGAUCCAUCCUAGUACCUCCACUACCACAACUUCUAACACACGGGGCGGCGGCGAUGAGCAGCCGAACAACCGAGGAGGGCGCGCUGGUCUGAUAUUGCGGGGAGAGGCAGGUGGGCAACUCAUCCGUGGCGGCGCUGCCCCCGAGCACCAGAUGGUCAAUGACAUGUUAGCGGAAGCUGCUGGAAUGCGGCACAUUGGAGCAGCAGCCGAAAGGGCAGCUGCCGCGGCGGCCGCCAUAGCGGCUGCUGCCGACAGAGCUGCCGCUCGUGAUAUUAGGGAUCGCUAGUAGAACUGAGGACUACUAGAAAAACCUCGAAAUUAUAUUCGAAAUACUAUUGCUAAGAACGGAUCAUGUUCUUCAAGAACUUCUUGAUCCAGUUGAGCUAAAAAUAUGCUGUCAUAGUACUUUCAUCUUGGUUACAAUUAGAAUUCUCGAGGAAUAAUAUCUCCAUGCAUUUUGGUCGUACUUACAAAAUAAUGUUGUAGUGCUCCUUAUUUUUUCAUCGAAGCAGAAACAGAAAAAGCAUAGAAAAAAGAUGAUGAACUAGUACAUGAAGUAUCAGAUAAUGAUCACGAAGUCAAGAAAGUCUUUGAAGAAAUAAAACACUACAGUGAGGAGCUACUACUUCUCCACCACUUAUAGUGCUAGCGAAGGCAAUAACAAGACGAAUAUGGUCCUCCUACGACUUAAACUUAAGCUUCUCAUGCUUAAGGAGCUCAUACAUACUAUGAAAUUAAUAAGCGAGUAGACCUUCUUCAAAUCAUCGUCUGAUGUCGCGGACAAGUCGACAAACUAACAUCAUCAUCAAAAGAAAAAAGUCAAAAAAAAAUUUUGUUGAGCUUGAGCUGAAUCCUCUCCAUCCUCACUACAGUAAUUGCAAUAAUACCUUCUACAGAAAUUGUUACCAAUUGUUCGUUUCCUACCCCAGCACCUGUACUUGUACAACUCCUAACUGUAAUGAAGUAAUAACAUCAAGUGAUAUUAUUUCAACUCAACAAACAAGAACACCACGACCAAUUAAAUUCAGAAGCUGCCUUCAAGAUCGCACAAUCUCUCGCCUUACACUUACGCCCAACAGCACUUAUAUUGUUCAACAAGCAUUCCGAUCCUCUCUCAUAAUUAUAGAUUGAUGAAUGCGGAAGAUCUUCAAGAUGAUCUAAGUAUAAUUUUGACUCAUUGGAAAAUGCGAUUUUUCAAACUGAAUGGUUCCGGUAU